AUGUCUGAUUGCCCCAUCGUUGGAGGCUACAAGAUUACUGGGAACAUAGGAAGCGGUGCAUUCAGCGAAGUGAGCAGCCACACAACAUUAUCGCUGAUCCAGUAUUGCAAGAUGGUAUUCAAGGGAGUCCAUAUGGAAACUGGCCAAGCAGUUGCUCUGAAGCACCAAAUGUGGUCACGGGAGUUGAGAGCCAUGCAGGACUUAAGCCAUCCAAACAUUGUCAGGCUGCUAGACGCAUUCCCACAGGGUGAUACGGUUGUCCUGGUCAUGGAGCUCUGCGCAAUAGAUCUUGCGGAAGCCCUGCAGCACACCUCACAGCGCCUGGAUGAAGCCCUCACUAAAGCCCUGCUUCUGCAGUUGCUGCAGGGCAUCGCCACAAUUCAUGAAGCAGGCCCGGGAGUGCUUAAGGUGGCAGACAUGGGCCUGGCUCGCAUGCGCGAUGCUGAGGCUGAGCGCGCAGGUGGCUACACCCACACAGUCGCGACGCGCUGGUACCGCGCCCCUGAGCUGCUGCUGGCAUCGCACUCUUAUGGGCCCGCUGCUGACAUGUGGUCCGUCGGCUGCAUUCUCGCAGAGAUGCUGGGUCUGGGGCCGUUCUUUGCUGGUGAGACAGACUUGGACCAACUAGGGCGAGUCACUUCAGUUCUGGGCAGCAUAGAUGUGAAUGACUGGCAGGACGCCACUUCUCUGCCAGACUUUGGCAAGGUAUGCUCACAGAGGAAGCGCAUGGCAGCAUCAGCUGCAAUGCAACAUCAAUACUUUUCUAUGGAGCCCCUUCCUGCGUCACAGACAGAUAUGGCCAAUUUUGUGAGGGAGUCAUGCUCGGCCAAGGAGGCCUCAAAACGAUCAAGAAAGGGGCUGUGA